GAUUUGCCUGUCCGUCAGCACUGUUUUCAUCGAGAACUGGUUUACAAUUCUAAACAACGAUUUGUGUAAACAAUCUCCUAUAAUGGGAUCCUUGGUUUAUUGGACUAUGAUUAUUGUUUUAUAUCAAACAAUACUUAUCACGGUGAUCUCUUACGUGACGCUCAGCUGCCAACUGAAACCGGAGCGUCACGAGCUACACGAGCUCACCCUCAUGAAGCUGCUAUACCUGUACGACCCUCAAGCCUGCUCAAGGAUCUACUUCUAUAAUUACACCGAAGUGAGAGACUUCAAGCAGGUAUUCUCUAAUAUCGUCUGGCCGCUGAAGAACCACGUCGCUGCCAGUUUCCGGAGUAAACUUAAGCUGUGGCUGAGUCUCCACAUGUUCUGGACGAUCUUUGCAUUCGGGAAUAUGAUCAUCGUGGAGCAGCCCUGCAAGUUUUACACAGCCCUGCUGCCGUUCACGGCGACGGGCGCCGUCAUGCUUGUCGUGGACUUUAUUCAGGCGACCGUCUUCAUCAAGGACUCUAGAUACACCAGGACUGAAGGUGAACUUCUAAUGUACAUAAGUGAUGUCAGCGCUGUAAACCUAACUAUCAUGGACAAGAAGUACCAGACGUUGCAGUCUUCGGAUGAUAUCUCCUGGAUAGCGCUGGUGAUGGCAUACGCGAGUUCCAGAGGUAUUGUUCAAUGGAUUAUCAACUACUGGAUGAUUAAGGACAACUUCUUUGAAGGAUUGGGGCUAUACCGUCGAUUUAAUGCAAGACGAGCACUUCUCAAUGCGCCGAAAACUCUUGAUGUUUAAUGAAUUAAAAACGUCUUAGUAUUAAUUUUAGUAUUAAAUUCAUAUCAUAGCUGAGAGUCACAAACGUAUUUAUUAGCAAAAUUAAUAGAGAAAUUUGGCGUUGUCACACUAGAUGAUUCUAUCAACCAGUGUGCAGGUUUCCUCACGAUGUU